CACAUUGGAAAUUAAACAGGAACUCAGAAGAAGAAAUGAUCUUUCCAAUUUCAGUCAGAAAGAAUAACGAGUGGAACAUAUGAGAAACGCUCAGCUAGAAUAUCUGUUUUCAGGAGAAUAUUUAAUUCAGCCCACAUGGAGCCAUUUGCAUGGGUGCUUCUGUAUGGAGUGUGUUUUCAAGGUGCCAUAUUUGGCGUUUCCUGGGCAUGGAGUGUCACCGUGCCCAGAGAGAUGGAGGGCAUGGUAGGGUCCUGCCUGGUCAUCCCCUGCAGAUUUUCUUAUAGCGAAUACCCACCCAACGAAAAGGGCAGAGUGGUCUGGUACCAAUAUGUCGACAGAGGAUACCCCCUGGCGUGCGAUCCAAAAUUCGCAAAUGAAGUCAUUGAAAAGUUCAGGGGAAAAACCUCUUUAUACAGAUCACCUUACAAGGGAGACUGCAGCCUGAAGAUCGACCCCCUGGACUGGCGUCACCAAGAGGAGAGGGUUUACCCCUGGGUGGACCCAGACUACGAACAGAACUGCACCCUGGAGAUCGAUGAAGUCAAACCCCAUGACAACGGGCCAUUCUGUUUCCGGGCGGAAAAGGGGAUGGACAAAUACACCUUCAACAACAGCUGUGUGUUCAUUGUUAUGAAAGCUUCACCGAGCGACCCGGUUAUGACGCCCCUCCCGGAGGAGACCGAGGAGGGGUCUGCUCUCUCCGCCACCUGCUCAGUCGAACACACCUGCCCCACCCAUCCCCCAACUUUCACCUGGAACGUCAAAGACGGAAAGACCACCACCAGCCACACGCAGAUCAGUCGCAGCACCUGGAAAACGUCUUCCACACUCACGUUCAUCCCUGCUGGAGACAACUAUGAGGAACAGCUGACCUGCAGCGCCACCUUCUGGAGGAGAAAGAGGCAAGACAGUUCUGCCAGUCUUAACGUUAAGCGAAAACAGAGCCUCCUCCCCACCCAGCUGCCGGCCACAUCUGUUUCCCUGCUUGCCCUGGCUCUGUGUGUGGGAGUGGUGAUGAUCAGGAAAAGGUGUUCCAGGUGUGCAUGAAAAAUUUUAAUCUAAAUCAAAUCUGAACACUGAAGAGGACUGAUACCCUGGUGGGGGCGCCACCAGGCAACAUUUUGAAUAUCCUGUAGCGAGUGUAAGGUUCAGGAGCUCUAGAACUUUCGCAGUUGUUGCCAUUUAGAGGUUUUUUUUAUUGAUCAUGUGAGCAACCGUCAUUACUGUUUAGUUAAAAUAAUAUACUGUUUACAAGUUUAUCAUUAACAGUUUGUUAUAAUUUAUAAACAGAUUUUAAUUAUGCUUGCUACCCCUUUUUAUGACUGUAUUUGAAAUUUAGUGACAUUGGUAAAGAGUUGAAAAGAGACCAUUUGAAAGUAUAAAUACUGCAGAGCUGGGUGUCUUGCUGGUAUGUCUUCUCCAAAGCCAAGUCCCCUCUUCCCAUUCACAGAAGGCUUCUGAUCGUUCUUUUUUUUUUUUUUUCAAUGAACAUGUAAUGUGUUAUUUGUCAAAUGAAGUUAGAUUUAUCUUCUGUUAGGACUUGAUGAGGACUGUGUGUCAGUUAUGUCCUAAUAUGUAAAACUAAAUAAAUAAAUAAAAUAAAAUAAAUAGAAUUGAAAGAGGGUGUUCUUUCUUUUUCACAUCACUGUAUCAUAGUCCCUGCUUCCAGCAUGAUGGGGCAAAGGGCUAAUCUCAGAUUUAAACCUGAACACCACAAAACUGCAUUACAAGUGGACCAGCUAUACACAGCUGUGGAAUAAGGAUUAGCUAUUUCAAGUUGCAAUUCAGUUCUGUGGUCUAGAGGUUUAAACGUGAGGUUUAACCUCCAGCUAAUCACACUGCAAUUGAACCCUGGAGUCUUGCCCAGAGACUGUAAAAAAUAGGUCUUGCCUCGUCUUUACUUGCUGAGGGAAUUUCUUGUCCCAGUCUUUUCGUAAUUUUUUUAUGCCCGUUUUAAUUUUGUUCCUGGGUUGCUAAUCAAAUGUGGUUCUUUAUAUUCAGUGAGUUCCAUAAUGUUAUAGAACUACGCGCGGCUAGCCUACCAAUACACAGAAACCCCCUUUCAAAG